UAAAAUAGUGACGAGCUGAUUUUGUGUCGUCACUUAUGUAGCAUUGUGGUAGCAUAUUUUCCCUGUAGAUUAGAGGACACAUAAAAGCAGGGAACAAGGCUUGGAUUACGCAUAAAUGAAACUUGAGUCCACUAGAAGUAACGUUAUGCGAAUAUUAAUUUAUUUAAAAUAAAAUUUGCGUAUUUUUUGGUGCAAUUUUAAACGCAUCUAUGAUUCGUUUAUUAUUGUUGUUAACCUGUGCCGUAGGCGUUUGGACUUUUAAAAUUAAAAGUGUUCCGUCCUGUGGCUUGGAGGCAAGUUCCAAUCUCGUGCACCAUAAUCCAUGGUUGGUGUACAUCGAGUAUUGGAGAGGAGACCAUAGGACUUACGUGAGGUGUGCAGCUACCCUGGUAGAUAGCAGACACAUCAUCACAGCAGCCCAUUGCAUCAGAACCCCAAAAUUUACCAAAUUAGUGGCUCGUCUUGGCGAGUAUGACUUGUCAAAAGUCGAGGACUGCGUUGAUGGGAUUUGUGCUGACAAGAUUGUCAGGAUAGAUGUAGAGAAAAUCAUCGUUCACCCAGAGUACGAUGGAAAAAGUUAUGACAUCGCUGUUCUGAAGCUUGCAGAGGAUGCUCCUUAUACCGAUUUCAUCCGACCAAUUUGCCUGCCAACGGGCGAGCUUCAAUCGGGCACAAUGUUCGCGGCUACGGGGUGGGGCGAGAUUCCCACUCAAGGGUACUACAGCACUACGAAGAAAAUCAUCCCCCUACCGUUAUGGGGAAGAGCUGAAUGCAAGGCUGCAUACAGCACUCUAGUCGUGCCUGAAAACACUAUCUGUGCUGGAGGUGAAGAAGGCAUUGACACUUGUAGAGGUGAUUCAGGCGGUCCACUAGUCCGAUAUGAAAGAAGAGCUGAAUUAUGGGGGGUGACCAGUGCUGGGAAUAGCCACUGUGGAACUAAAGGCUCUCCUGGCAUCUACACAAAUGUCUUCGUGUAUCUGCCAUGGGUGAAGGACGCUUUAGCUGGAGUUCACGACGAUAAAGCGGACAAGAUUGAUGUAGUUUAAGUAUAAACCAAAAAAGACUAAAAAAAUAUUGUAACUAAGUGAGGUGAAAAUACCAAAAAAAUAGCUUUAAUAAAAAUGAU